CUCUCAGUCGAGUUCCUCCCUGGCAAGAUGAAGUCCACCGUCUUCUUCAUCCUUGCUCUCCUCCUCGUUCUGGAACACCAAGCCUAUGGCAGGAGGCUGCGUGGUCCCAUUAGAUCACAGGAUCCUCUGAUAAGUCGUGUAUGGCAUAAAGAAGUGGAAGAAACAGAAUCAAGCCGAGGUCAAGAUAUGGACAAACGCCGCUUCUGGGAGAAAGGUGAUCCCACGGGAGAACGCUUUUCAGUGAGACAUGAACAUCUUGAGAAAAGUCACGUUCGGUUCAAAGAAGAUUCCAUGGAUGACUCAGGUUCAGUUGGAGGUCUUGAUCCUUUAAAAGGACACCUUCGGCUCAAACGACAUGAUUCCAUGGAAGACCUAGUCUCAGUUGAAGAUCAAAAUUCAGCUAAUGUAGAUCCUGGGAAGCAUAUUUGACUCCUUCAAGGUGGAUCCUGUCCUGGCUGCACCUGUCCUCAGCCCAGGCCUGCAGGAGUCUCUCUAAUCCCAGAUACCAGUAGCACAAUGCUUUCAUGUGCUGCCCAUUCUUUCAUUCUGGAUGCCCAAGCAUGUCACUGACUUUCUCAUUUACUUUCCAAUAAAAAUAUAUCUUCUGCUUCA